GAAACGGAAAACAACUACUGUAAAAAUUGAAAAACUCUUCUCUCCUUCAUCAUUUCUCGCCUCCUCCCACUGGUUCGCUCUGCUCUUCCUGCAUGCCCUUUCAUAUCCACGAAAGAGGUAAAUCCGAUCUCAACUCUCUUCAUUUCUCCGACUUUUGAUUAACUUAUGUUGUGGAGGUAUCUGGAACCACCCGUCUGGGCUCCCCGGGUGAAGAUCUUGCAUAAAGUUGAUUUAUUUUCUUCCAUUUCUGGGGUUCUCUGGGUUUGAAAUGAAAAUUCUUUGCUUGUUGCAGGAAGGGUUUGUGGGAAAAAGGAAGAAUUGCUUGUCGCCCGUGAAUAAUUUGUGAAAAAGCCGAGGCGGCUUAUCUCGGUUUCUUGUUUCGAUCUGUGAAUUUGGGGUUGUUCAGCGGGCGGUUUUCUUAAUUGGAUUUUGUUUGGUAUUAGCAAUGGAAGGAGGGUCAGGGGCCUUCAGUUAUACUCCCGCUUCAGGUUCCAUUGACAAAUCAAGGGUUUUAGAUGUGAAACCCCUUCGUACUUUGACCCCCGUGUUUCCAUCCAAUCCUCAAGGUCCUCCAUUUGCAUGUUCACCUCCUUUUGGUCCUUACCCACCCGGGUUUGCUCCAUUUUACCCCUUCUCUCCACAACAAGGAGGCGGCCCUGAGCCCAAUCAGGCACCCCAAACUCCAGCUGUGCCACUUCGUUCAUUCCGAGCUCCUCAACCAAGCUCCCAUGAGAAUGGAACAGGUGGUGCUUCUCCCUCUGGUCCUCCUAAGCGCGCUGGCCGUCGACCUGCCGUCCGGACCACACCUACUCCCAAAAGGGUCAAGAAGGGACCAGAUGACUUUUUGCUGCCUGUUCCUAAUGAUAGUGUUGUUUUGGGGAUCACUGAGGCUCAAAAGGAAGACGGCGAUAGAAGUACUGUUCUUAGUGUUCUGAUGAGGUUUGAAGCUCUAAGGAGAAAGGUUAGCCAACUAGAGGAUGUGAAGGACGCGCAGCAUAAUGGAAAAAGCAAGAGUGCUCAUUUAAAAGCUAGCGCCAUCCUAAUGACCAACAACAUAAGGACCAACUCUAAGAAGAGAACUGGACAUGUCCCUGGAGUGGAGAUUGGUGACAUCUUCUUCUUCCGGAUGGAGAUGUGUUUGGUUGGAUUGCAUGGUCAGCCUAUGGCUGGCAUAGAUUAUAUGAUUGUAAGGAGUGAUAGAGAGGAUGAGCCUCUAGCUACGAGCAUCGUUUCAUCUGGUAACUAUGAUAAUGCUGCAGAUGAUACGGAUGUCCUUAUCUAUAGUGGUCAUGGUGGAAGCUCCAACAAGAAUAAGGAAGCAUCCGAUCAGAAGCUGGUGAGGGGUAAUCUUGCAUUGGAGAGGAGUCUACAGAAGGGGAAUGAAGUCCGGGUCAUUCGGGGCCUGAAAGAUGCCAAUGGUCCAGCAACAAAGGUUUAUAUAUAUGAUGGACUUUAUACAAUUCAGGAAUCAUGGGUGGAGAAGGCGAAAACGGGUUGCAAUAUAUUCAAGUAUAAGAUUGUUAGGAUGUCUGGUCAACCUAGUGCCUUUUCUAUCUGGAAAUCUGUGGCGGAGUGGAAAGAGUCAGUUUCUUCGAGAGUGGGACUGAUUUUGCCCGACCUCACCUCAGCAGCUGAAACUAUACCGGUUUCGCUUGUGAAUGAUGUUGAUGGAGAAAGAGGGCCUACUUGCUUCACGUAUCUCGCUUCUGUUAGAUAUUCCAAGUCAUUUAAAUUAUCUGAUCAGCCUUCUUUUGGCUGCAACUGCCGUAAUGCAUGCCAAUCAAGUGAUGAUAACUGCGCUUGCAUGAGAAAAAAUGGGGGGCAUUCCCCAUAUAUUGGCAAUGGAGUUCUCGUGUCUAGGAAGCCCUUAGUUUAUGAAUGUGGUCCUACAUGUCCUUGCAUAGCGAACUGCAAGAACCGUGUGUCUCAGACUGGUCUGAAAGUUCACUUGGAAGUUUUCAAAACAAAGGAUAGGGGUUGGGGACUAAGGUCAUGGGAUCCUAUUCGUGCUGGCACUUUUAUAUGUGUUUAUGCGGGUGAAGCAACAAACAAGGCUAUUAAUGGAGAAGGAGAGUAUAGUGAUGAUUAUGUCUUUGAUACAACCCGGGUUUAUGAUUCGUUCAGGUGGAAUUGUGAACCUGGGUUCGUAGAGGAGGAUCUUAAUGACACUAAUGAGGAAUAUGAUAUCCCAUACCCUCUUGUCAUAAGUGCAAAAAAUGUUGGAAAUGUGGCCCGGUUCAUGAAUCACAGUUGUGAGCCAAACACAUUCUGGCAACCUGUUGUGUAUGAGAAUAAUGGUGAAACCUAUCUGAAUGUUGCUUUCUUUGCAAUGAGACAUAUUUCACCUAUGACAGAGUUGACAUAUGAUUAUGGGACGCCCCACGCCGAUGUUCCUGGGGGUAACAAUGGACAGGGUAGGAAGAAAUGCUUAUGUGGAUCUACCAGAUGCAAAGGCUAUUUUUUCUGAUCAUAUGUAUUUUGAUCAGAAACCCAUUGUGUUGGUAGUCCUUCCGAUAAUAAGGUUAGUUACAUCUUUUCCUAAGUCCAUUUUCAUCCUUCAUUUGUUGAUGCUUGAAGACAAUACUCUGCUUGAUGUUUGUCAUCUUGAGGCUGAUGCCACAGACAACAACUUGCAUGGUUAGGUUUCGUAAUGCGUGUUUUGUGUUUGAUUAACAACUUGCAUAUGUUUUGAUAGUUAUCUGAUAGAGGACGGUGGUUAUAGAUUUUACUAUUUGGUUCAAGUGCAUUGCUUAUCUGUUGGAAUAAGUCAGGAAUGGUUGCAUAUGCAAUUUAGUCGAGUAAAAACUUCCUAUAUCCGUAGGGUACCUGACAGUACACAAGAUAGUCUUCCUAACUUGAAAAUUCAAUGAUUUUGUGCGUUGAAGAAAAUUCAGUCUUCACAAACACUCAUGCUUCAGUUUUCAAUGUCUUAGUGAUCAGCCCUUGUCCCUAGAGAAUGUUCCGAGUUUCGUUGGUGCUGUGAUCUCAUUAUGCAUGCUUUUUUUAUUUUUAACAUUAGUUCUCAGUUAAUUUCUGGUCUUCCUCUUCUUUUGCAAUGCAGGAUAACUUACUCAGGAUGCGAUAUCUCUUAGGGUGAUUUGACUGCUGCAGUCUAUUAUCAGUGAACCAACGAGCGAUGCGGAAUUGAUCCAUUACGCCAUGACUACCUAUGGGCUAUGGUAGGAGCAUUUUGUUGUCUUCGGUUCUAGUAAAUCCCGUCUCUUACCUCAAAGAAGAGGUGUGUUUGCUUGUAACAUAUGCUUAGGAUCCAAGUCAGGAGGGAAGUUUGUGAUGUUUAACCUUGAAGGUGAAGGACCAACUUGGGAGGAACUUGUGGAGCAAGGAACUGUACUAUUUGUGUAAAACUGCAUCGAUUUUUUCCUCCCCUUGAACGUAGUGAUAAGUGAAGUUACUAGGGUCUGCUGUGAGUAGACCAUGGGAUGUAAAACCAUCUUAUUUUAGGUUAACCCUCUUUUUCCAUAUCACGUUUAGACCCAGCGGUCGAGAAUUCGGCAUUCCGGGCUUUGGUGCAUAGUAAAAUAUGCUAACACAGCUUGAAUUCCACUCCACACACAUCAAUCACACAUAAACAUAGGACGAUACU